AUGGCUGGAAAUCCGGUUAAAAAUGGACUUUUCGUCCACAACAAUACAGUUGCUCCUGAGCACCCUAGCUUGAUGAGCAUGUUUUCUCUCAAGGGAAAGACUGCUAUUGUCACUGGUGCUGGUGCUGGCAUUGGUCUCGCCGUUGCUCAAGGCCUGGCCGAAGCCGGCGCUAAUGUGGCGCUGUGGUAUAACAAGAACACCAAAACUCCUGAGCGUGCUGCGGAAAUUGCCCAGCAGUACGGUGUUCAGACCAAAGCAUAUCAGGUUGAGAUUACUGACCCCAAGGCGGUUCAAGCCGCCACCGACGCCGUUGUCAAGGACUUUAAUGGCCGCCUGGACGUUUUUAUUGCCAAUGCUGGUAUUCCCUGGACAAAAGGACCUAUGGUUGACGGUCCUCUUGAGCACUAUCGCGAUGUCGUCGCGAUUGACCUUGACGGCACCUUUUACUGCGCGAAAGCUGCCGCUGGCCAUUGGCGCCGCCAAAAGGAAGAAGGUACUGAUAUCAACGGCAACAAGCUUAUCAAUUUCACCUACGGUAGUUUCGUUGCGACUGCUUCCAUGAGUGGCCACAUCGUCAACUUUCCCCAGAUGCAGGCUGCCUACAAUGCCGCCAAGACCGGUGUUAUCCACCUUUGCAAGUCCCUCUCCGUCGAGUGGGUCCGUUUCGCCCGAGCCAACACCAUCUCCCCCGGCUACAUCGCGACCGAAAUCUCCAAUUUUGUUCCUGAGGAGACUAAGAACAUCUGGCGUGAUAAGAUUCCCAUGGGUCGUGAGGGCCAGACCCACGAGCUCAAGGGGGCUUACCUAUAUCUGGCAUCGGAUGCCUCGACGUACACGACUGGAGCUGAUCUCAUUGUCGACGGGGGUUACUGUGCUCCUUAA